GCUGGCAGCGGCGGCAGGAGCAGGGGACCGUGGGCAGGAGAGCGGGGCUCACCGAGGCUGACCGAGGAGCCGCUGCCACGCCCCUGCCAUGGACAGCAAGGUGUGGGGUGCCUGCCUCCUCUGCUUGCUGCGCCCCUUACCCAUCGUACUGGGCCACGUGCACCCAGAGUGUGACUUCAUCACCCAGCUGAGAGAGGAUGAGCGAGCUUGUCUACAAGCAGCAGAGGGGAUGUCCAACUCCACCUUGGGCUGCCCUAGGACCUGGGAUGGGCUGCUGUGCUGGCCGACGGCAGGCUCUGGCGAGUGGGUGAGCCUCCCCUGCCCGGCUUUCUUCUCUCACUUCAGCUCAGAACCAGGGGCCGUGAAACGGGAUUGCACCAUCACGGGCUGGUCUGAGCCCUUCCCGCCCUAUCCUGAGGCCUGUCCUGUGCCCCUGGAGCUGCUAACUGAAGAGAAAUCCUACUUCUUCACUGUGAGGAUCAUCUACACCAUGGGCCAUAGCGUCUCUGCCGUGGCCCUCUUCAUGGCCAUCACCAUCCUGGUUGCCCUCAGGAGGCUCCACUGCCCCAGGAACUACAUCCACACCCAGCUGUUCAUCACCUUUAUUCUCAAGGCGGGAGCUGUGUUCCUGAAGGAUGCCACCCUCUUUCACGGCGAGAACACGGACCACUGCAGCUUCUCCACUGUUCUGUGCAAGGUCUCCGUGGCCACCUCCCAUUUCGCCACCAUGACCAACUUCAGCUGGCUGCUGGCAGAAGCUGUCUACCUGACCUGCCUCUUGGCCUCCACGUCACCCAGCACAAGGAGAACCUUCUGGUGGCUGGUCCUUGCUGGCUGGGGGCUUCCCCUGCUCUUCACCGGCAUGUGGGUGGGUUGCAAGUUGGCCUUUGAGGAUGUUGCGUGCUGGGACCUGGACGACAGCUCCCCCUAUUGGUGGAUCAUCAAAGGACCCAUCGUCCUUUCCGUUGGGGUGAACUUUGGGCUUUUUCUCAAUAUUAUCCGUAUCUUGCUGAGGAAACUGGAGCCAGCUCAGGGCAGCCUCCACACCCAGCGUCAGUACUGGCGUCUCUCCAAGUCAACCCUUCUCCUCAUCCCGUUGUUUGGAAUUCACUACGUCAUCUUCAACUUCCUGCCUGACAGUGCUGGCCUAGGCAUUCGCCUCCCCCUGGAGCUGGGACUGGGUUCCUUCCAGGGCUUCAUUGUUGCCAUCCUGUACUGCUUCCUCAACCAAGAGGUGAGGACUGAGAUCUCACGGAGGUGGCGUGGCCAUGAUCCUGAACUUCUGCCAGCCUGGAGGACUCAUGCCAAGUGGACGAUGCCUUCCCGCUCAAGGGCGAAGGUGCUGACAUCUGUGUGCUAGGCUGGCCACAUCACGUGACUGGAAUCCACACCUGAACUUGGGCAGCUACACGGGCCCACCACCCUUCAGAGGAGUGGGAGCAGCGUCCCCUGGGAACCCUCAGUUGAUGCCUCCACCCAAGCUGCUGCCCAGCCCUUCUUCCCUGUCCUGCCCCUGACUCUUUUCGCCCGGGUCUCUGUGUGUCCACCUCUGACUUCCUUGGUUCCUGUCUGUUCUUCUCAUGUUCCUCUUCCUGGAGUCUGGGCCAUAGCCCAACGCCAGAGGAGCCAAUAAACUUGUAAAUGAAUAGAUACACGUUUGAGUGAAACCAUGCGCCUCUGCAGGGGAGGGGUCUGUAGGCUUUAUUUGAACCCCCGGUGCAGACGUGCAUUUAUCGCGUCUCAGUUCAUGUCACGUCCCCAUCACUUGUCUGUGCAAGGAUGCUCAUGUUUAAUUCAUUAAAAAAAUGUGUUCUC